AUGCGAAGAAAAAUCCGUCAAAUGACCAAUCGAACUAUCGUUGAAGAAGAAUCCGUCUUUGGUCAGCCAGUAUUUGGACUAAAUGCAAAAGAAUUAAUCAGAGAUGACCUGAUGAAUCCCUUGGUCGUACCCCACAUGGAUUUUCUUCCGGAAGAGACACUUGGGAAAAAUGUCUACAAGAGUUCACAGUCUGCGAAAUGGCUGAAACAUAUGUUGCCAGAUCUUCGAGUUCAGAUGGUGGAAUCAAACCAAAAACACUUUUACAUCUACGAACCCACCAAACUUCUGUCUUCUGAAACCGUCAUUCCUAUCUUUUUUUACACCCAACAGACCAAGAUCUUUGCAAAAUGCUUCAGUCCAGUUUUCAAAUCCAACCAAGAUCAAUCUAAGAUCCAAAUUGGAAUUUCUGAAAACAUUGAUUUUGAUGAUGAGAAUCUCAAAAUCAUCCCUAUUGAACAACUAGACUUGACCUAUCUGGAAAUUAAGACACGUAAUGGAUCAAUGCUAUCAGAAUGUUGUUCUGGAAAGCUAAAUGAAAUUGAUGAACAGAGUCAAUGGAACCCAAAAAUCACUUUACCAAAUCCCUGGAGAGAAAAGGCAGACGGAAAGAUCUUGAGAAAUGUUCCAAUCAAUUUAUACUGUGAUGAUACAUCUGGAAAUAAAUCAAAAAAAUGGAACAAACACAUCUCCUAUUAUUUUACACUCUCCGGCUUGCCUCCUCAGAUUUCCAAUCAACAAUUCAAUUGUCAUUUCCUUUGCACUUCAAACAUUGUGGGGCCUUUAGAACUUGGGGAGAUGGUUGUUAAACAGUUAAAUGACAUGGCCAUCAAUGGUUUUACAGCUUACGAUAGCACAAUUGGCCAAGAAGUUCAUGUCAUGACUAGCCUUUUAUGUUUUUUAGCUGAUUCCCCUAUGCACGCUGAAAUCACCAACACGCCAGUACCUGGAAACUCUCUAAAUUCUUGUCGAUAUUGUGUCUUAAGUUCUUCCAGCUUGAAAGAAAGAGAGAAAAUCCCUUACAUUUCAAAAUUUGCACAGAAAAACUUGCAUGGAUCAAAUGUAUGGUUUAAUUUCUUUUACCUUUUUUCUUUUUGCCCAAAUAAACUCAGAACCAUGGCAGAAACUAAGGAAAAAUCUAAAAAGCUAUGGACGCAUGUCAAGGAAACAGUUAAUCUGGAUAAAUUAGACAAGAAAUCUGCCGAGUUUGGUGUUCGAGAUCAAAUCAACAGAAAGUUUUCCAGAAAGUUAUUCAAAUUCGAUGCAAAAAAACUGGAACUAUUGGAAAAUGGAGAAGAAUUACCAACUCAUAUGGAUCAAGAAAUUCCUCAAGAAUUAGUGGAUAUGGAAGAAAAGGAACCAAAAAGGAUGUUGAAUUCUUUUUUGGAGCUGAAAGGUUUUGACAUGGUCGAGGACACUCCAGUUGAAAUCUUGCAUGUUUUUUUGCUUGGUGCAGUAAAGUAUCUAUUCAGAGAUUUCAUGAAAGGAUUGAACGAACUUCAAAAAGACGACCUCUUGGCUUUAUGGAAUUCUUUCAACACAAAUUCUCUCAACAUUCCUUCUGUUAGACCCAAAAGCAUGGUACAAUAUGCAUCAAGUUUGAUUGGUAAAGACUUCCGAAUCAUUCUUCAAGCAGCCCCUUUCAUCUUCUUCCAGUUCAUGACUGAAUCCAAGAUCAAAAUCUGGUCUUCUCUCUGUCAUUUGGGCUCCUUAAUCUUCCAAACUCAUAUUGAAGAUAUGACAGAAUAUAUUUCUGAGUUGAGGAAUGCUAUUGAUAUAUUCUUAAGAAAUAUAAUUGAAGACUCUGCCCAAUGGAUCAAUCAAGCCAAAUUCCAUAUGUUACUUCAUCUUCCUGAAUCUAUCCUCCGUUUUGGUCCAGCUUGUCUUUUUGCCACUGAAAAGUUUGAAAGCUAUAAUGGUAUCCUUAGAAAUGCUUCAAUUCACUCCAACCGUCAAAGUCCUGGUCAAGAUAUAGCUAUCACAUUCAUCACAAAUAUCUUUUCACAGAAUCCCUUAAUACAGCAGACUUUGGGCUAUAAUCAAUCAGCAUCCCUUCCAAAUAAAAGUUAUCCUUGUAUCAAGAAGCUCUCGGUACCAGCAAUUCAUCAAGUAGAAACUCCUCAAGAAUUGAAGAGUCUAUAUCCUGACUUUGAAAUCAAGCAAAUCUCUGAACUGAACCUCAACAAGAAGCAAGUCCUCAAAAAAGACUACUUCAUUCUGGUAUUUCCUGAAGCCUUGUCAUCCUCUGUUUCCUUGGCUAAAUUCCAUCAUUUCUGA